CAGGCAGAGAGGCUGAACAAUCAGUGACCGCAUGCACACUUCAUAAAGACACACAGCUGAUAGAGGAGCGACAGAUGAGGAAUAAACAGACAAAAUGUCACACAAAAAGAUGCCAAAUGAUGUGGAGAACCUGCGGAGAAGAUCCCAAGCUGAAACCUCAGAGAACUCUGUAGAUCCUGAGCAGCAUCACCGGAUCCCACGGCGGCAGUCCCAAACUGACUGGCUCUCUGUUGGCCCCCAGCAUCCAGAGCUGGGCACAUCGCAGACGCCCUCCCCAGAAGCUUCUUCCCACCACUUCUGCCACAACACACCGAAAUGUUUCCUCACCAUCCACAGAGGAGCACAAGGCACCUCAGCUCGAUCUACUCCGUCCCGGUGUGGAGAAGAAGGUUGGCAUGAAGCCACCACAAAGACUACAAUCAGAGCUGACAAUGAGGUGGAGGCACACAGGGAAGCCAACAAUUACAAGUUUGGCUUCAGAAAGUGGAAGGGCAAUGUAACGGAGAAGCCCAUUGAAGACCGAUCAGAAAUCAUCAAGGAGCUCCACUCUGAUCUCAGCAUUGUUAAGCCUCGAGAAGGCUCGGUGAUCACCGUUGGGAACAUAGUUUAUGUAUUUUUAUUUGGAUGGUGGAUAUCUUUAAUCUACUUCCUCAUUUGCCCACUAAUGUUUCUAACCAUCCUCGGUGCCCCUUAUGGGAAACUUUGUUUUAGAAUGGCGUGCUACUUUAUUUGGCCAUUCGGGAAGUCGAUAGAAAAGGCCGGUGAUUUAGUGAAGAGAUCUAUAGCGAGGCCUCCGAAGUGUGAGGUCAUUCCUGAAGAGCGGGACAGUGAAGACAACAGAGACAAAGACGCUGCACCUCUUCUGGUGUCUUCCCCGCUCCCUGUUGAGAUUCCUGUCCCACACGCACCACCUCGAAAAAUUUCAAAGCACUGGUGUCGCAUCAGCACCUAUAUUUUUCUGUUACUGGGUUUCCCUGUCCUUGCUGUGGGCCACUGCCUGGCCUGUCUGCUCGGCUGGCUGCUGGUCUUCACUAUACCGGUGGCCAAGAUGAACGCUCGCAUAAUGACCAUCGUCCUCCUCAUGCCACCAGAGGACCUGCAGAUUCACAGACCAGAAAAGACAUUUGGGUGUGAGACCAGGGUCGUCUUGUGCUGCUAUCAGGCUUUCAACGUGUAUUACUACAAAUACACUGUCCAAGGAAUCAACAUUUUCGCUCUCAACCUGCUCCCCCUGGUAGUGAUCACUCUCAUUAUUGGCUACACUGACCAUGAACAGCAUUACUUCAGCGCAGAGACCAAGUUUGCCACAGCCAUCGCUUCCAUCAUUCCUCUAUCCUACUAUAUUGGCAUGGGAAUAGCCAGCAUUUCUGCACAAAGUAACUUUGCCGUGGGAGCGGUGGUGAACGCGACAUUUGGAUCCAUCACAGAGAUGACGUUCUACAUCACAGCGCUGCUGCAGGGACACAACGCUGGCACUAAAUGUUAUGAAGAGAUUGUUAAAGCGGCUCUUACUGGGACCUUGCUCGGCUGUAUUCUGUUUGUACCUGGUAUCUGUAUGAUCAUCGGGGGCAUUAAACACCGGGAGCAGCGCUUUAACAGUCGUUCAGCGGGAGUGAGCUCGGCUUUACUCUUCAUAUCAGUAGGAGGUGUGUUUGCUCCCACCCUCUUCUCAAAGACCUUCGGUAAUCUGGUGUGUGAAAGCUGCACAAACCUUCCAGGCAAUGGCAGUGUGCCAUUCACCUGCAAGGACUGUCACUACGACACGGAUCCAGCUGACACACAGUCGAUCCUGUCCCAUAUUGAGCCUCUGGUGUACACAAUAUCUGUGCUGCUGCCUGGUGCAUACCUGAUCGGCCUCAUCUUCACACUGAAAACCCACUCCCACAUCUACGAUAUCCAUAUCAGCGAUGGUCAAGGAGGCCACGCACAUGGUGGUCAUCAUGUGGUCCACUGGUCCAGGUGGAGGGCUCUUGCAGUGCUGAUUGUUGCCACAUUAUUAAUGGCCUGCUGCGCCGAUCUCUGCACAGAGAACAUCGGGCCAAUGCUGACACAUUCUACCAUCUCCCAGUACUUCAUCGGUGUCACAGUGUUGGCCAUGGUGCCAGAGCUGCCAGAGAUCGUCAAUGGGAUCCAGUUUGCUCUGCAGAACAACAUCAGCCUGAGCCUUGAAGUGGGCAGUUGCAUUGCUGUGCAGGUGUGCAUGAUCCAGAUUCCACUGCUCAUACUCUUCAAUGCCUUCUAUGAUGUUGGAUUCGUGCUUGUGUUCAGUGAUAUUCACCUCUGGUCCAGCAUCUUCAGUGUCAUUCUGGUCAACUACAUCUUCAUGGAUGGAAAGUGUGACUACUUUCAGGGUACGGCUCUGGUGGUGGUCUACCUCAUCCUUUUGGCCCUUUACUUCUUUGCUCCUUCUCCACGCUCUUGUUGAUCUGCUUGCCCAGAAGAAUCCCAAAGCUCCAGACCUCUUACGCCACUAUAAAAAAUGUAAAAAAGCACUAGUCCAGCUUCAUGUGGUGUGGGUUCAGUGGCACACAAGAUGGAAAAAAGAUUUGGAUUGAUUUUUGAUAUUACAGUGGAGCUGUAAAUUAUUAGCUAUCUGGUAGCUAUUGAAUGGUGUUUUUUGAAUGUUUUUUUUGUCCUGAUAUAUUGUAAUAUGUGAUUUAUAAAGGAUAUAAUAAAUGCAUCAAUUUGUUAA